AUGAAUGCGAUAUCUAUUCGUAACAAGGCCGGUGAAAUAUCCGAUUUUGUGGAGGAACAUAGGUACGACGCCGUAAUUAUAUGCGAGACUUGGCUUCAUUGUGAUGAAAAAGUAAUUGAAACCGCUGUUACACCUAAUGGUUACUCUUUUAUCCAUACUGCAAGGAAAGGUAAGCAAGGAGGCGGAGUCGGAGUACUGUUUAAGUCAAAUCUAGGAUUUGAGCUUUUUGAGAAACAAACUCAGUCAUAUGAAAGCUGUGAAGUAUUGUCGAAGGCAUUUGCCUUAAGAUUCAUUGCAAUAUACCGACCCCCAUCAUCUAAUACUAACAGUUUCAUUAAUGAAUUUGCGUCAUCUUUGGAUUAUUAUUUACACUCCAGAAGAUCGACAAUAUAUCUCGGUGAUUUUAACGUUCAUUUAUUGGACCCUCAUGAUGUUACGGCUUGUCAAGUAAAAGAUAUUUUGAAUGACUACAAUCUUGUGCAACAUAUAGACAAACCGACUCAUAAAUUAGGCAAUCUGCUUGAUUUAUUAAUAACUGAUAGUCACACCACGAUUCAUGAUGUUAAUGACCUUGGUUUCUUGCUUAGUGAUCAUAAAGUUAUUGAGUUUAAUGUUCUUGUUAAUGCAUCAGUACCUACUUCGAAGUUAGCACCUGAUAACCGCAUUAAAUGUCGUAGCAUUAAGAAUAUUGAUAUUGUUAAGCUCAAUGAUUGUGUUAGUGCUAUGGGCACUAGCAUAGUUAACGAUAAUUUGUCACUGUCUGUAAAUGACUUUACGUCAUUACUGCAUACUAAUCUGUUCUCAAUGCUAAAUGAUCUUGCCCCGAUUAAGGAAAUUUUUGUUAGGAAUAAAAACAAUAAUAAACCAUGGUACUCCAAUCACCUCAGAGAAAGUAAGAGAUCUCUGCGUCGGCUUGAACGUCGAUGGCGUAACACCAAAUUAGAUUCUGAUAAAGUAUUAUAUAUUACACAACUUAAGGUAUUUAACAAAAAACUAAAAGACACAAAAAACAGUUACAUCACAAAUAGGAAACGGGUCGUUGCCCUUAUGCUCUUGGAUCUUUCAGCGGCUUUCGACACUGUUGAUCACAAUAUCCUACUUCACAGAUUAUCCUCACAGUUCUUCAUUUCUG